CCUCUCCCUCUCCCUCUCCCUCCAUAGUCUAAUAGUCCAUUCAUACAUCUCCAUAUCCCCACCAAAUUUCGAAAAUUCCCCUUUUCCAAAUUCAUGAAAAUUAAGAUAAUUCCCCGUUGAUGCUUUCGUCGCGUGCUCUCACUUUCACCUGAUAGCUGCUAGGAAAUUUGAAGGGAACAUUUGUUGAUGACUUUUAUGCUGCUGGGGAUACAGAGUUGGACCAUUAGCAGGUCUCUAUUUGCUUUGAACAAUACUUUAUAGUUGUGGGGAUACAGAACUGCUGAUAGUAGAUAUCAUUAAUCAGAUAUCUAUAUAUAUAUCUGCGGUUUCAAAGAAAGUUCUGCCAUGAAUCCCAAUAGUGCUGGUGGUGUAAAAUUAUCACUCUCUCCAAAAUCAACUGAUGAACCGUUUAGUGAAAGAGAUGAACGUUUGUCUAAAUGCAAUGCAUCUGUUGGUUCACAAAAUGAUAUUCUUGUUUCUGCUUUAGACUCUGCCAUCAUAGUUAAGGUGCAUGAACAAAGACAUGAAGAAGGAAGAGACACCAUUAAUAUUGAUGAUGCAUAUGAGAGAAAAUGUUCUGACACUGUAUGCAUGUCUCCAAAUAAAAGCAAUGGGCCCAAUGUUUCAAAAUCACUGAAUCAAGCCAAAAUAUCAGGGAGAGGUGUCACGGUUGCAGCAGUUAAGAAAACACCAGGUCAUCUUAAGAGUUUGAAUAUUACACGCCGGAGAAGAAACAUUUGUAGCAAACCAGCUCAACCAUCAGUUUGGAGAUUGCUGGGGGAUUCUUUAAAUGGUUCUGAACAGAGUGAUAGGGUUGAGAUAAUUCAACAGGAGCCCAGAGAAUCAAGAAGAGCCAUUCGGGGUCAAAAAAGUGAAAAGCAGGAAAGUAAUCAGACAGGUCAACAUUCACAGAAGCCAAUGGGAAAGAAUCACAUUUCCUUGAAAGUUAAAUUUGGUAAUCGUUGCCUGAUGGAUGUUCUUCCUCUUAUUGAAAAUGGCAAUGAAAUAUAUUCUUCAACUGAGAAAGAAUCAUCCAAAUCUGCUGAUGACAUCAGUGAAGAGUUUACUAGAACUAUGGGGCUUGAUGGGCUCAAUGGAAGGUUGGGCAAUUCUCUGAUGCUUUCUGAUGGUUCUGCUUCAAACACAUGCCUAGCUGGAAGCUCUCUUGUUGAAAACCUGGCUAAAGAAUUUUUGGAGUGCCAUCCUGAGUUACCUACGCAAAUGGAUCUUGAUAAAUUGGGAACUCCGGUUGAUAGCAGGUGCUUAGAUCCUGGAACUUCACCUGACUCAGAAGUGAUCAACAUCACUUCUGAUGCUUCAAUUAGUCUAAAAGAUGUAGAAUACUUGCCAGAUAUAAUUGCCAACCAAGAUUGUUUUUCUUCUAGAGAUGUUUCGAGUUUGGAUGCACAAGAAAAGGGCCUCAAAAAAGGAAAGAAAAAAGAUCGGCCAAAGAAGAAAGAUAGGCUAGACAAGAUGUCAGAUAUCAGUGUAAAGGGUGUAAAGGGUAUGUUUCCUGGACUAAAAAUUAUGAAUACUGAAUUCGGUCCUAAUAGCUCUGAUUUUGGCGAUUCUUCUGCUUUAACCACUAUUGGAAAUACAUAUGGUAAUGUGUUUAGUACUGAGUUGGAUUCUGAGGGACUGUUACCUUCAUCAGGAUUGGAUGACUUUGAAAUCUCCAAUGCAAUUUCAGAAUUUGAACUUGGAGAGAAGGUUGAUGUUUGUUGUCACCAUUAUACUGAGUCACCGGAGUCAAAAAUGACAGAGAAACCACUUUCUUCUCCUGACAAGCUCAAACUUCCAAAAAGUAGAAGAUAUCAGGGAGUUGGAAAGAGCCAGCCUGGAAUCUGCAAUUCAUCAACAAGGAGAGAACGUGCUUCUAAACGGAAGGGAAACAAAGAAAUGAUAGUUGGGAAGCAUGAAGAGAAAGAGAAGACUCUGGCUUCAGGUCUAAGUGAAGUAAAAAACGAUCAAAAUACAGAAAACCAAACACCACCUCACCUUGAAGAAAAUGGCUCUAGAAAUGGAAACAUGGGUGUAUGUGUUUCAAACCAAAGCGACACAGGGACAAAUUAUGUGCUGCCAAGGAAUGCUUGGGUUCAAUGUGAUGAUUGUCACAAGUGGAGACGUAUAUCAGUUUCCCUUGCUGAUAAAAUUGAAGAAACAAACUGCAGAUGGAGUUGCAAGGAUAACAUGGAUAAAGACUUUGCUGAUUGCUCGAUUCCUCAAGAGAAAUCAAAUGCAGAGAUUAAUGUAGAGCUUGAAAUAUCUGAUGUGUCUGAGGAGGAAGAUGCUUUUGAUGCACGUCACAAUUGUGACAACUCAGGAAAGAAGUCUGCAGUUGCUCAGAGCUCAACUUGGACACUGAUCAAGUCAAACUUGUUUCUGCAUCGCAGCCGCAAGUCUCAGACUAUUGAUGAGAUCAUGAUUUGCCAUUGCAAACCUUCAGAUGGUAGAAUAGGUUGUGGAAAUGAAUGCUUGAACCGGAUGCUUAACAUUGAAUGUGUUCAGGGCACAUGCCCAUGUGGCGAGCAAUGUUCAAAUCAACAGUUUCAGAGGCGGAAUUAUGCUAAACUGAAGUGGUUUAAAUGUGGUAAGAAGGGGUAUGGCCUACAAUUGCUUGAAGAUGUGUCAAAAGGGUGCUUUAUCAUUGAAUAUGUUGGAGAGGUGCUUGAUAUGCGUGUUUAUGAGGCACGGCAAAAAGAGUAUGCUUUGAAGGACCAUAAACAUUUCUACUUUAUGACACUUAAUGGUAGUGAGGUAAUUGAUGCUUGUGCUAAGGGGAAUCUGGGACGCUUUAUAAACCACAGCUGCGAUCCUAACUGCCGUACAGAAAAGUGGAUGGCGAAUGGAGAAGUGUGCAUUGGGCUUUUUGCAAUAAGAGACAUCAAGAAGGGUGAAGAGUUGACAUUUGAUUAUAAUUACGUACGCGUUUUUGGUGCUGCUGCAAAAAAAUGUGUGUGUGGUUCACCCCAGUGUCGGGGUUAUAUAGGUGGUGAUCCUCAGAAUGCUGAGGUAAUUGUUCAGGAUGAUUCAGAUGAUGAAUAUCCAGAGCCUGUUGUUACAUGUGAAGAGGAUGACAUGCGUGAUGAGUUAAACAACAUUAAAUCCGCAGCAAGUCCAUUUAGAGGUUCAGAAAUGAGAAGUGCUAAGGAGGCUGCAGAAAACAGAGAAGUUUGUUCUGCUGAGUGCUUGAAGUCUACUGAAGUGAGUGGAGACUUACUAAAUAUGUCUGCAUUGAGAGUAGAUGGGGCUGAAAAAGAUCUAGAGCGUUCCUUGUGCUCUCCAGGGGAGCUGGAGGUGACUUCUCCUACUGGAACCCUUAGCAAGCCAUUGAGGAAGUCAAAAUCUGGAAGAGUGGGCUGCAAGGUUCCUCUUGUAAAAACUCCUCGUUCUUUGCAGAAGAAACCUACCAGUGGUGUUGUGAACAUCAAAGCUCCGGCAGAGAUGGACAAGUCAAACAUGCUCCAAGUAAAAUCCAAGAAGCUAGCAGAGGGCUCCUUAAAUGAUCGAUUUGAAGCAGUGGAAGAAAAACUUAAUGAGUUGCUAGACCAGAAUGGUGGCAUAAGCAAAAGCAAAGAUGCAUCAAGGUCUUACUUAAAGCUCCUACUUUUGACUGCUGCAUCAGGGGAUAGUGGCAGUAGUGAAGCAAUUCAGAGCAACCGAGAGCUCUCUAUGAUCCUUGGUGCACUCUUGAAGACAAAAUCAAGGACAGUUUUGGUUGAUAUUAUCAAUAAGAAUGGUUUGCAGAUGUUGCACAACAUAAUGAAGCGAUAUAGAAGGGAAUUCAAUAAAACACCAAUUCUUCGAAAGCUGCUUAAGGUACUGGAAUAUCUGGCAUUGAGAGAGAUCCUUACAAUUGACCACAUUAAUGGGGUUCCUUCUCGACCUGGAGUGGAGAGCUUUAGAGACUCGAUUUUGGCAUUGACAGAGCACAUAGACAAACAGGUUCAUCAAAUUGCAAGAAACUUUAGAGAUAGGUGGGUACCUAAGCCACCCAGAAAAAAUAGCUGCAUGGAGAGGGAUGAUGAAAGGGUGGAGUUUCACACAGGUUCACGCUGUAAUAGGUCUUUGAGUUUACAGAAUCAUUCUGUUGAUUGCUCUAAAAGGCUUUCAGAAACAGGUUGCAUUACUCAAGAUGGUAGAAUGUCUGAUGGAUCUUCUGGUCUUGGUAUAACUAAUGGGACGAAGAAGACCCGUAAACGUAAAAGUCGUUGGGAUCAAGUGCCAGAAAUACAUGACAAUGGUCUGCAGGACAUAGAUGAUGGUGCCCCUCCAGGUUAUGAAGUUCCUCCUGGGUUUUCACCCCUCAUUAAUAAUACCCAAGAACAUUGUACUGGAAACCAACCAGUUAUUGGACAAUCCCAGCAGAGAUUCAUCUCAAAGUUGCCAGUCUCAUAUGGAAUUCCAUUCAACAUAGUGCAGCAGUUUGGGGUACCUCUAAAUGGAAGCUCAGAGAGCUGGGCUAUUGCUCCAGGCAUACCCUUCCAUCCUUUUCCCCCAUUGCCUACUAAUUCCCGUGACAGGAGAGGCGAUACUCAAACUCCAUUGCCUUCGUAUCCCUGUGAUAAGAUUAAUCCUACUGCUGUUAAUACUGAGGCAUUGGCCCAACCUACAAAAACCAGUAUACAGAACUCUCAUUCUUCCAUUCCUUAUCACUCGGCUCAAAACCACCCUCCAAGCACAUCUGGAGCAAACCUGAACCAAGAUGGUGAAAAUGCAGAACUUGAUCAUCAACACUCUGGGGACCCCUAUGGCCUAGGAAGGAAAUACUUCAGGGAGCAAAAGUGGAAUGGUCCAAAACUAGGGCCUCCUUGGCUUCGGAUGAGAAAUGGUAGGGCACCUACUGGGAUAUGCAACAUUGCUGAACAAGGUGCAACAAUGGUUAAUGAAUUUAAAAGUUGGUGUAAUUCAGAGGAAGCCAGCAUUGGAAGGGAAAGAUUGGGGCACCCUUCACAUCAAAGUUAGCUUCAUUUUCCUACUGGAGUUCUGAGGAGCCUCUGAAUUUUAAUCUAGUCCUCCUUUUGUACUCUGGUAAUUUUUGUCACAAGAGAACUGCUUAUAUAUAUAUAUAUAUAUGUAAUAUACACUCAAUUCAAUUUGAAGAUACAGGUCCAACAGGGUACAAUAUUCUUCACAUAGAUGGUUAUCUUCGUAGAUACCUCGAAGAUGUAAACAUUCCUCAUUCUUACAGUUAUUGAGAUUCAAAUGCAAAGGUUUCAAAAUUAACUCA